UUCUGCUACGUGCAUUCGUAUACAACUAGUAGAACUUUGGUUUCUUAGCAGAAUUAUGUUCCAGCUUGAGUUUGCCAAAUCUCUUGCUCUUAACUUUUUGUUUCAUGUUUGAACUCAAGAGAAGGCUAGUUAAGAAGACUAGAAGGAAUCUAUCAGUAUUAAUUUAUUGCAACUGGGAUUCCCAUGGCAUCAUCCAGCAUGCAGAAAGCAGCCUCAUCUUAUUCUCCUCCCCAAUGGAAGUAUGAUGUCUUCCUUAGUUUUAGAGGAAAAGACACACGGAAUAACUUUACUAGCCAUCUAUAUUCUAAUUUGGUACAAAGAGGCAUCGAUGUAUACAUGGAUGAUAGGGAGCUAGAUAGAGGAAAGACCAUCGAACCUGCUCUAUGGCAGGCCAUCGAAGAUUCAAGAUUUUCAAUCGUUGUGUUUUCAAGAGAUUACGCGUCUUCACAAUGGUGCUUAGAUGAGCUUGUCAAGAUUGUUCAGUGCAUGAAAGAGAUGGGGCACACUGUUCUACCAGUUUUUUAUGAUGUGGAUCCAUCAGAGGUAGCCGAUCAGAAAGGGAAUUAUAAGAAGGCGUUCAUUGAGAAUAAGGAAAAGCACCCGGGAAAUCUGGACAAGGUAAAAUGCUGGGGUGAUUGUCUCUCCACAGUGGCCAAUCUAUCUGGCUGGGAUGUACGGAACAGGGACGAGUCACAAUCAAUUAAAAAGAUUGUUGAAUAUAUACAGUGCAAACUGAGCUUCACUUUGCCAACAAUUAGCAAAAAUCUAGUUGGAAUAGAUUCUCGUCUGAAGGUAUUGAAUGAAUAUAUAGACGAACAAACAAAUGAUACUCUCUUUAUAGGGAUAUGUGGAAUGGGUGGCAUGGGAAAGACAACUGUUGCAAGAGUCCUGUAUGAUAGGAUUCGUUGGCAAUUCGGUGGCAGCUGCUUCUUAGCAAAUGUGAGAGAAGUUUUUGCAGAGAAAGAUGGACUAUGUCGUUUACAGGAACAACUCCUUUCAGAAAUCUCAAUGGAGCUUCCCACUGCACGGGAUUCUUCAAGAAGGAUUGAUUUGAUAAAGCGCAGGCUGCGGCUUAAAAAGGUUCUUCUUAUUCUCGAUGAUGUAGAUGAUGAAGAACAAUUACAGAUGUUGGCUGCAGAGCAUGGAUCGUUUGGUCCAGGGAGCCGGAUUAUCAUAACGAGCAGAAAUAAACAUGUGCUAGAUAGCCAUGGUGUUACUAGAAUAUACGAGGCUGAGAAAUUAAAUGAUAAAGAUGCUCUUAUCUUAUUUAGCUGGAAAGCUUUCAAAAGAGACCAGCCUGCCGAAGAUUUAUCGGAACUGUCCAAGCAAGUUGUGGGUUAUGCUAAUGGCCUUCCACUUGCUCUUGAAGUCAUAGGUUCGUUCUUGCAUAAAAGAGGUCUGCGUGAAUGGAAAAGUGCAAUUGAUAGAAUGAAUGACAUUCCUGACAGGAAGAUUAUUGAUGUGCUUCGCAUUAGUUUUGAUGGCCUCCAUGAAUUAGAGAAGAAAAUUUUUUUAGAUAUCGCUUGCUUCCUGAAGGGGAUGAAAAAGGAUCGUAUAACAAGGCUACUCGACAGUUGUGGGUUCCAUGCAGAUAUUGGGAUGCAGGCUCUUAUUGAGAAAUCCCUUAUAAGAGUCUCACGAGAUGAGAUAUGGAUGCAUAAUUUAUUACAGAAAAUGGGUGAAGAAAUUGUUCGUUGUGAAUCCCCUGAAGAGCCUGGAAGACGCAGUAGAUUGUGCACAUACAAGGAUGUCUGCAACGCACUAAAGGACAGCACAGUAAAAAUAGAAAGCAUUUUCUUGGACUUGCCCAAAGCAAAAGAGGCAACAUGGAACAUGACAGCCUUCUCAAAAAUGACCAAACUAAGAUUGCUCAAAAUUCACAACGUGGAUCUUUCUGAAGGACCUGAGUAUCUCUCAAACGAGUUACGAUUCCUUGAAUGGCAUGCUUACCCUUCAAAGUCAUUGCCAGCUUGUUUCCGUCCGGAUGAGCUUGUUGAACUCCACAUGUCUUGCAGCAGCAUUGAGCAAUUAUGGUGCGGAUGUAAGAUUUCAGUUAAUCUGAAAACUAUCAAUCUCAGCAACUCACUGUACCUGACCAAUACUCCGGAUUUUACUGGAAUUCCAAAUCUCGAGAGUCUGAUUCUUGAAGGCUGUGCAAGUUUAUCUGAGGUCCAUCCAUCAUUUGGAUGUCACAAGAAGCUUCAAUUUGUGAAUCUUGUGAAUUGCAAUAGUCUAAGGUUUCUACCAAGCCACCUUGAAAUGGAAUCAUUAAAAGUUUGCACUCUCAAUGGCUGCUCGAAACUUGACAAGUUUCCUGAUAUAGUAGGAAACAUGAACUGCUUCAGGGAGCUUCGUUUAGAUGGGACUGCUAUUGCAGAACUAUCUUCAUCAUUUCAUUGUUUGGUUGGUUUAGUUCUAUUGAGCAUGAACAGUUGUAGGAACCUUGAAAGUAUUCCCAGUAGCAUAAGUGGUUUGAAAUCCCUCAAAAGACUUGAUGUGUCUGACUGCUCUGAACUUAAGAACAUACCAGAGAAUUUGGGGGAAGUAGAAAGUUUGGAGGAGUUUGAUGCAAGUGGAACUUCAAUUAGACAGCCCCCAGCGUCUAUUUUUCUUUUGAAGAAUCUUAGAGUAUUGUCUUUUAAUGGAUGCAGAAGGAUAGCUGUGAAUCUCACGGAUCAAGCAUUGCCUUCUUUGUCUGGUCUGUGUUCUUUAGAAGAACUGGAUUUACGCGCUUGUAAUCUAGGAGAAGGAGCAGUUCCUGAAGAUAUUGGGUGCUUAUCAUCAUUGAGGAGUCUAAAUCUGAGCAGAAAUAACUUUGUUAGGCUGCCUAAAAGCAUAAAUCAGCUUUCUAGGCUUGAAAAGCUUGCCUUGAAGGAUUGUGUAAUGCUUGAAUCAUUGCCUGAGGUUCCUUCGACAGUUCACAAAGUAAAAUUGGAUGGCUGUUUAAGACUAAAAGAAAUUCCAGAUCCAAUAAAGCUAUGCAGCCUGAAAAGAUCAGAGUUCAAAUGUCUUAACUGUUGGGAACUGUACAAGUAUAAUGGCGAAAACAACAUGGGUCUGAACAUGCUUGAAAAAUACCUUCAGGGCUCAUCUCCAAGACCUGGAUUUGGUAUUGUUGUUCCUGGAAAUGAAAUCCCAGGCUGGUUUACUCAUCAAAGUAAGGAAUCUUCAAUUAGGGUGCAGGUGCCUUCUAAUAAUGUGGAUGGUGAUGAUAAUGGGUGGAUGGGGUUUGCUGCAUGUGUUGCAUUCAGUACAUAUGGUAAAAGUCCUCUCUUUUGUCAUUUCAAAGUCGAUGGAAAAGAGAAUUAUCCUUCGCCCAUGUAUAUAGGUUGUAACUCUAUGCAAGCUCUGCCAGAUCAUCUGUGGUUAUUCUAUUUAUCUUUUGAUUAUCUAAAAGAGCUUAAAGAACGGGAGAACGAAGCCUGUAGCGAACUCGAGUUGUCGUUUCGUUCUUAUGAUCGAGGCGUAAAGGUGGAGAAUUGUGGUGUCCGUUUGGUAAAUUCUCCGUAUACUCCAUCAUGGCAAUCACCUACUGGCCAUCUUAUUGUUGCAAGCAAAGAAGCAGCUUCUUCAUAUAUGGAUUCUUUGGCUAAUUCUUCAUCUUACUGUCAAUGGAAGCAUGAUGUCUUCUAUAGCUUCAGAGGUGAGCACACUAGCUAUAAUUUCACCCAUUUGUACACAGCUCUAGCCCAGAGAGGCAUUAUCCGAGGUGACACAGAACUAGAGUAUCUAAGGGUAAUUGAAUCGAGUCUCCUAAGGUACAUCAAAGAGUCGGGCCUGUCAAUUAUUAUAUUUGCAAGAGAUUAUGCUUGUUCAGAUUGGUGGUUGGACGAACUUGUCAAGAUUGUUGGAUUCAUGGAAAAGAUGAAAUCGGACACUGUUUUUCCAGUUUCAACAGUUUCUUAUAAUCGCGAGCAAUCAUUGGUAGAUGAACGAACAGAGAGUUACACGAUUGUCUUCGACAAGGAUGAAGAAGGUUUCAGUGAAGAUAAGGAGAAGGUACAAAGGUGGAUGGAUAUUCUCACCGAGGUCGCCGUUUCAUCUGGAUCGGAAUCAUCGAAAAGGGUGAAUGACAUGGAUUGGCCAGUUGGAAAUAGGUUUCACGGGACUGACAUGGCGUUUGUGCAGAUCUUCCGGAAGAAGGUCCUUGAGGAAAGAAGCGAUCUUGAUUUCGAAUAUGAUGUUACUCUCAAGUAAAACUAAUCAUAAUUUUUA